AAGAAUAAUUCUUGGUCCAUCUCUACACACAGAAAAACAAAUGGCAGCAGCUUCGAUUUCUCGAACAUCAUUGUUUAUCCGUAAUUUCUGUAAAACAACGAAAACUAUAAACACUGUUUCUCAUUCCUUCUCACUUCCAACUGCAACUUCAUCUUCAAAUUUCCUCUUCCAACAAGCUCGAAUCUCUACCCCUCGAAGGUUAAGAAGAGAAGCAUUGUUCUUGAAUACCUUGCACCCAAUUCACAGCGCGACUGCGGCUGCUUGCCUUGUCUCUAAGCUUCCUACUGAAGUCAGCACAUCUACUGACGGUAGGUUUGCCAACUAUGUUAGCCCCAUCUAAUGGCUGCCAUAUUUAAGAUGCUGCUCCUCUUCAUGGGAAGUUUUUGGAUUUUCACCAAUGCAGAGGUUCAUAGAGGCAGUUUGCCUUUCUCUAUUAUUUUAAUUUUCCAAUAUUUUUGUUAAGAAAGUCAUAGAUUAGAACCAACAGAAAAGAUAUUAAAAUGCUUUCUGUAUCAAUUUUCCAUUCAAUGGAAAUUCACAAGGAGAGUUUUAUUUUUAUUUUAUUUUUAACUUGACGCAUGUCAAGCUGUCAACCACUAA